GAUGAGAAGAAUCAAAUGAUGACCACUAAUGUCUGGGUGAAACAAGAAUGGAAUGAUUAUAAGCUCCGCUGGAAUCCGGACGAAUAUGAAAAUGUCACUUCCAUCCGCAUCCCUUCAGAAAUCAUCUGGCGGCCUGACAUAGUCCUUUAUAAUAAUGCUGACGGAGAUUUUGCAGUGACUCACCUGACAAAAGCUCAACUUUUCUACGAUGGGAAAAUCAAGUGGAUGCCUCCGGCAAUCUACAAAAGCUCCUGCAGCAUCGACGUCACGUUCUUCCCCUUCGACCAGCAGAACUGCAAGAUGAAGUUCGGCUCUUGGACGUACGACCGCGCCAAGAUCGACCUGAUCAGCAUAGCCAGUAACGUGGACCAGAUGGACUACUGGGAGAGCGGGGAGUGGGUGAUUGUCAACGCCGUGGGGAAGUACAACAGCAAGAAGUACGAGUGCUGCACUGAGAUCUACCCGGACAUCACAUACUCCUUCAUCAUCCGUCGGCUGCCGCUUUUCUACACAAUCAACCUCAUCAUCCCCUGCCUCCUCAUCUCCUGUCUGACCGUGCUGGUGUUCUAUCUGCCGUCCGACUGCGGCGAGAAGAUCACGCUCUGCAUCUCGGUGCUGCUCUCGCUCACCGUCUUCCUGCUGCUCAUCACGGAAAUCAUCCCGUCCACGUCGCUGGUCAUCCCGCUCAUCGGCGAGUACCUCCUGUUCACCAUGAUCUUCGUCACGCUCUCCAUCAUCAUCACCGUCUUCGUGCUGAACGUGCACCACCGGUCGCCGCGAACGCACGGCAUGCCCCACUGGGUGCGCUGGGUCUUCCUCGACUUUGUGCCCCGCUUCCUCUUCAUGAAGCGCCCACCAGCCUCGGGCAAACACAACACGCGCAAGCUGAUCGAGAUGAUGCACAAGACCUCCGGGGUCUCCCAGGCUGCGUGGCAGGGGCAAGCCUUUCUCACUAGCCACUUGAGCCACCAAGAGAUGCAGGACCACCAGCCCAUCUCACACCACCUGCUGGAGCAAAGCAAGCAACAGGAGGAUUUCCAGCCUCAAGCGGUCUUCCAGAGGUCUUCCUCCAACCAGUACUCCAUCCUUCAGGAGGAGCUGCACCGGCUAGGCCUCACCACAGCCUCCUGCAGCUCCCCUUCCUCGUCCUCCUCCACCCUUCCCCCAACGUUUGGUCCCCUGUUUCACCACCUCCCCCUCCAUAAGGAGAGAGAGAGCUGGGCAUUCCCUUCCAAGGCCCAUUCAAUGCAGCACAUGUCUGAGGAAGGUGGGAGAGACUCCCAGACCCAGAGGGCCCCAAGACACUACCAUUCCUGCAACUUCCAAUAUGACAGCCUGGGCAGGGACUGCGCCGCUGACAAGAAAGGGACAGCAGAGUACAUGGGGGAGGAAAGGCCAUUCAAGCACCAUUUGCACUGUAACUCCAAUACAACACAUGCUGGCUUACCAAAACCAGAGGCCCAGCAAGCAGCCCUGAACCUGGCCACCACCAUGUCUCCUUCCAUGCAGCAGGCCAUAGAAGGGGUGCAAUACAUUGCUGACCACCUUCGUGCAGAGGAUGCCGACUUCUCUGUGAGAGAAGACUGGAAAUAUGUAGCGAUGGUCAUUGACCGCAUCUUCCUGUGGAUGUUCAUCUUGGUAUGCAUUCUGGGAACUGUUGGACUUUUUCUACCUCCCUGGCUGGCCGGAAUGAUUUAG